GCACUGACUGGCGGCACUGACUGGCACAACCCCUGGGCACUGACUGGUGGCACUGACUGGCAGCACUGCUGGGCAGCACUGGUGGGUGGCACUGGUGGGCAGCACUGGUGGGUGGGCACAGGUGGGUGGCACUGGUGGGCACAGGUGGGUGGCACUGGUGGGCACAGGUGGGUGGGCACAGGUGGGUGGCACUGCUGGGCACAUGUAGGUGGCACUUCUGGGCACAGGUGGGUGGGCACAGGUGGGUGUGCACAGGUGGGCACAGGUAGUUUGCACUUCUGGGCACAGGUGUGUGACACUGCAGAGUGGCACAGGUGG